AUGUCAAGGAUACCAUCUGGACCACCAUAUCCUCAUCAAUUGGCACCUCAACCUCCAUCGUUCUACGUCCCUCAUCCUGGAUCCCAACCUAUACCAUCAGGAUUACAACAAGGAUUACCACCACCUCCACCUCUAGGAGGCGGUAGUGGUUAUCCAUCUGAUCCCAAUGUCUAUCCAUUCGAAAGGCAUCCGCCUCCAUUAAAUAACGGAGGAUGGAAUGCACAUGGUCCUGGACCCGGACCAGGUCCUCCCCAAGGAAUGCAAAUGGAAUACCCAAACGUCACUUCUUCUUCUUCUGCUGCUGGGCCUUCGAAUUCAAGAGCGAAUGAUCCAUAUCAAGCUUAUACUCAACCUAUGAGAAGUUCACCCAAUCAGCCUGUUCCCCCUCGUCAACAACCAAUCCAUCAUGCAAACUGGUCAUCUGUUCAUCCAACGGCAAAUCCUCCUCCUACCGGAAGAGGUGGUGUCAAACUUGAAGACUUAGUUUCAGCCUCGGACCGCAGAAUACCACCCCUACCUCCAUCUACUCAUAUUCAGACUGCUGCACCGGUGUCGAAUAUAAGUAGUGUCCCAUCAAGUGACAAUAUCAAAAGACCUGCUACGGGUGGAGGUGGAGAAGGAAGCAAACAUGAUGCAAAUGCAGCUGGAGGAGGGGGAGGCCAACAAGGGCCCUCAGAAUUUAUCAAAAAGUUGUAUAAGAUGUUGGAGGAUGAAAGUGCUGCGUUUGGCAAAGGAAAAGCCCCAGGUCAACCUAGAGGUCAAAAUGGUAGAAGAGGUUCAGUGGGUUGGGGAAAAGGUGGUUUGAGUUUCGUCGUUUGGGAUAUGAACGAUUUUACCACAAAAGUUUUACCACAGACUUUUAGACAUUCAAAUUUUUCCAGCUUCGUCAGACAACUGAAUAAGUAUGGUUUCAGUAAGAUUAAGCAUGUAGAUGAAGAAUCUGGAACCAUCAAGGAAAACGUUUGGGAAUUUCAACACCCCAGCUUUCAAGCUGGUGGCAAAUCUGAUUUAGAGAACAUCAAGCGAAAAACCGUCGCACCUCGUAAAACCGCUGGCGGAGAUGGGGACGAUACCUCCCCAAAAGCAUUUGGACCUACCGGUGAAGACUCGAGUAGGAUAAACGUUAUGGAGAAUAGGGUAGUGUCUUUGGAAGGAAAGCUUGAGAGAGCUUUGGAUGAAGUCAGAGACGCAAGAGCCAGGGAAGCAGGAAUCAUGGGUGUCUUGAAAGAAGUAAUAGGACAUAUAGCUGCCAGCGAAAGAGCAACAUCAGGAUCACCGAUGAGUGAUGGAAAUUACUCCCCUCGAAUCUUGCAUCUAUUCAAGGCAUUUGACUCGAUUAUCCCAGUCAAUAAUAGAUCUGCUCCUCCGACAAGCUAUGGGGGACCGUUGUCGUCUGUAUCUUACUCCGCACAACCUGCAUCCCAGACGUCCGCUUCAUAUGGCAUGGCUCCUUCCUUCAAUCCAGCUUACAUCAACGGGGGGACAAAUCAAACUUCCCCUCGAACAGACGGUGGAGCUAGUCGAGGCAGCAGAGGGAGUAUAAGCGGACCUCCACCGGGUUCAGCUGGUGGAUUGCGAAACGUCUCUGGGACUCCAAGUCGGUUGGGUAGUAUCUCUGGACCGUCCGCCGGCCCGCCCCCUCAAGUUGCGGUACAACAACCAGUCGCCCCUGUUCAAGCCGAACCGCUCCCGAAGAAAGAGGUCAUUGAAGUACCCGAAAUGCCAACUCUAUACAGCGGCGAACCCCUAAAUAUGACACCUAUGUUCGUCGAAACUCCAGCUUGGCUGACUGAGGGUAAUCAAGCUACUAUGCCAAUGUAUCAUCGAAAGUCAUCAGAUGGAACGACGUUACGCAUGAUGUAUGACGUUCUCAGCGGUGGAAAUAAUCCCAACGAAAGGUUCACGCAAGAUGGACAGAUUCAAGUGAAUGGUAAUGAAAACAUAAAUGGACAAGUGAAUGGAUUAGAAUCUAUCCCUGAGCAAGAACCGUUGGGCACUGCCAAUGACAACAACAACAAUGGGAAUAAUAAUGUGAACGAUCAAAAUCAAAAUCAAAAUGGUCAACCUCAAUUAACAGAUAUGGUCAUUCCCCCACCUGGUGGAUUUGAAUCAGCAGAUUUGUCAGAUAUUAAAGGUAAAUCAGCUGUAUCAGUAUCAGCUUCUUCUUCCACCCAUGCCAUGGACACAGUGAAUGGUUUGAACGGAAAUUCAAUUGUAAAUGGCAAUGGCAAUGGGAGUGGAGGAAGCGUAAUCACUGCGCCAUCGAGAAAAAGGUCAAUGAUAAAAUCACAUUGGUCAACAACACCGAAGAUUUUGGUCGUAGAAGACGAUCUGGUUUACAGACAAUUAUCAAGUAAAUUCUUGAGUAAAUUCGGUUGUGUUACGGAAACUGUUGAGAAUGCUCAAGGUGCAGUGGAAAAGAUGAAUAAAGAUAAAUAUGAUUUGGUUCUAAUGGACAUCUUCUUUGGUCCUAAUAUGGAUGGUCGUAAGGCAACAUCACUGAUCCGACAAUUCGAUAACUACACCCCUAUCAUCUCCAUGACAUCAAAUGCUCAACCUCAGGACGUCGACUCAUACAUACGAUCGGGAAUGAACGAUAUCUUAGCUAAACCAUUUACGAAACAUGGUCUAUUCUUGAUACUGGAUAAACACUUGAUGCACUUGCGACAGGCUCAGAUCUACGAGAAGAUCAUACCUAUAUCAGUUGGAGUUCCACCUUUAUCGGAUCAACAUGUCCAAGAAGCCUUGGCUAUCUCAGCUGCCACUCUUCAAGGUCAAGGGACAGCUGGGUUGUUGAUGGGCAAUUUGAAUGGUUUGAACGGUAUAGGGGAGAGCAGUGGCGAUGUCAACGAUGGUACGGGAGAAGUUGAAGGAGAGAAUGAAGUGGCUUUGAGAAACCCUUUGGCGGGAAGUGGUUGGAGUGAUGAGACUUAUCAAUUGGUCUUACAGCAAUUCCUACAAACGGGUGUAAUGCCCGAUGUGAACACGCUGGCGAAUGGAUCAAUCGGAACUGGUAUAAUUUUCGGCGAUUCAUCAGGUUUCAACCCAAAUCUGAACCGGAACAAACGACCUAUCGAUGCUAUUAGUGGCGAAGAAUGGGAUGGUCAAGAUAGAUUAUCAGGAGCUGGAAUGGAGGGAAUGAAUGACGCGCAACAGUCUCAAGCUGGACUUUUAGGAAGUGUACCUAUACUUGGAGGUGUGGGAAUGGGAAUGGGAGUUGGCAUGGGAAUGGUCAAUGGAAUCACCAUUGGGUUCUUGCCUUCUUCUUCUUCUUCUACCGCAAACGUUUCUGGAUCAAAUGCCGAUGAUGGUAGGGAAGCGAAAAGACAAAGAGGUCUCGUUGGAUGA